UCCCCAUCUUCCUCCCGUCUUUCGCUGUUUCGCAUCGGCCAAAACUCGAAAAUCGAAACCGGCGCCGCCGACCCGCCGCAUCCGCCGCCGCCGGCCGACCGGAUCCUCCCGCCUCCCGCUCCCCGACGCGGUCGCGUCAACUCCACCUGCGCCCCCCGCGACCUCGUCGCUGCGAGCGCACAUGACCAUGAUCACGCGGUCAAACCUCAGAGGCAGAGACCCAGCCCGCCCGCUCCGCUAGCAAGUAGCAGCAACCCCCCACGACCCCUCCACCACCUCCUCCUCCUGCGCGCACAAGUCAACUCCCACCCGCGGCCGCGGCACCCCGCGCCGGCCCCCAUGGCUCGUCGUCCAGCUCCCGCUCUCGUCGCCGUCUCCCUCCUCGUCCUCGCGCUCCUCAACCUCGACGCAGCGCGGGGCCAGCCGCUGCCGCCCACCAAUUCCUCCGACGCGGCUGCCCUGCACGCCGUGUUCCGGCAGUGGCGCCUGGAGGGCGACACGGCAGGGGUGGUGGACCCGUGCCUGAUGCCCGUCUUGUCCGAGUCGUCCAUGAUGAACGCAUCCAUCGACUGUGACUGCUCCCGCGGCGACGAGUGCCGCAUCACGCACCUGAAUGUGACUGGGUACAGGAACAUCACCGAGAUCCCGCCGGCACUCUUCAACUUGACGGAGCUCGUUUCUCUGGAUUUGAGUAACAACAACUUGAGUGGUUCAAUACCCCCAGGCGUUGGCAAUCUUUCCAAACUGGAAACAUGGCACUUCAAUAAUAACCAUCUCAAUGGAUCUUUUCCUCGUGAACUGUCGCUUUUGAGGAAUCUACAGUCCCUGUGGAUGUUUGAUAAUUACAUCGAAGGGUCUAUUCCGGAAUUUAUUCAGAAUUUAACCAACCUCACAGACUUGAGAAUAUACGGGAUGAAACUUCAAGGACCUAUUCCAAAUUUUUUCUCUAAUUUGAUCAACCUAGAACACCUGAUGCUUGGUGAUCUUGAGGGAAAGCAUUCUUCUUUUGAUUUCAUAGCAAAUUGGGCAAACCUUUCAACAUUAUCUCUGAGAAAAUGUGGGCUCACAACUCAGCUUCCUAAUACUCUCCCAACCUUGCCCAAGCUAAAGUACCUGGAUUUGAGAUCAAACAACUUAUCAGGCGCAAUAAGACUAUUGCUUCCAUAUAAGAACUCGGAGUAUAUAUAUGUAGGUGAAAACAACUUCAGUGGACCUCUGCCUGCUGAAUUCGUUCGACCAUCAGUUCCAUUGGAUGUUUCAUAUAAUCCUUCUGUUAAUGGACGCCUUCCUAACAAGCCUGCUGGUCAAAAUUGGCUCAUAAAUUACAUUGGGACUUCAAUUGAUACAAGCGGAACAAUUGACAGUGCAGAUCUAACAACCCUGAAUUGCCUUCACAUGAAAGAAUGCAACAGAACUAAUUUAACUAAUCCUGCAACUUCCUUCGCUAUAAAUUGUGGUGGCAAGCAAAUGGAUUAUUCAGAUCCGAUGCCAACUAUGUUCUCUGAAGACUCCGCUGAUCUUGGAGGAGCAGGCUUUCAUAUUAAUACCACCAGUCAUUGGGUAGUUAGUCAUGUGGGUUCUGAUCCAUUUAAUAAAACCAGCGGUAUUGUAAAUACAAGCAAUAUUUUGGAAACAAACAUGCCAGAGCUCUACAAAACAGCAAGAACAUCAACAAGUUCGUUGCGAUACUAUGUGGUAGGUUUGGCUAAUGGGAAAUACACAGUACAACUCUUCUUUGCAGAGAUAGUCAUAACUGAUGGACCAGGACGACGCUUAUUUGACAUUGAUAUGCAGGAUCAGAAUAUCAGGAAGGAUUUUGACAUUACUAAGGAAGCAGGGGGUCCUAGAAAAGCCACUAACAUAACCCAGGAAGUGACUGUUGACAACUCCAUGUUGGUAAUACAUCUGUAUUGGAGUGGAAGGGGCACCUGCUGCAUUCCCUACAAAGGAGCUUAUGGGCCACUGGUGUCAGCGAUAAAAGUUACCCGGUCCCAUGACAGGAAGAUCAGUCCUCCACAAGCACCAAGUUCUGAUUCUGCACGACAGGAUGAGAAGAGGAGAGGAGUGAUUGCAGGCAUUGCAGCACUUUGUAUUGCUGCUGCUGUGAUAUCUUCAUCCGUUGUCUACCUUUGGUGGAAAUGGGUUUCACUUGUGAAGCGCUCAAUGGCAUGAGGAGUUCGUCUGAUGUAUAUAGCUGAUUCUUCAGCCAGUUUCCUUCAUGCGAAUGAGCCUAUGUAUGUGUUUUGUCACUUUGCGUGUGCUGAGUUUGGUUGCAAGCAUAGCCAAGACGACGUUGAUGUACAGUUCACUUCUUGAUCAAGGUUUUAGGCCUCAGGUUUUGUUUCACGAUGAUUGUAGCGCAGUUAGCCAUCUCUAGACAUUAUGGUACUGAUGUAUUACACAAAUUUGAUUGUUUGUUGAUUGUAGUUUCAUUUUCUCAUUGUAAAUCCCUGUCGAAUAUAUAACUGCCGUAUAUUCUGAAGUCUGAUGCAUUGCAUGUGUGGUCUGCCUGUCACUGUAUUUGUUUUGCAUGAAAUUAUUGUAAUUCCUUUUCAAACAGGCAAAGGAAAUGAUGUACUUUGCA